CAAAGACAGAACCUAACCAAAGAAAACCUCCUCCCCUUCCGACAGUCCAAACCUCUACACCCCCUCCGAAGCGCCUUCCUACGCCCGCGGCCUCCGCAGCAACCUCGCGCUCUUCGUCGUCCUGAUCGCCCUCUCCAUCAUGACGAAUCUCUGGCUGCGACAUCUGAAUCGCACCCACGCCGCGGAACGGUUGCGGUUGGGCAAGGCGGAGAUCCUGAUCGAUGAGUCGAUGGUGGAGGGGAGGAAUUUGGGUGCUGGUACCGCUGCUGCUGCUGCGGGAGACGACGGAGCGGAGACCCCCCGCGGCGAAGAAGUUGGAAGGGGAGAACCGACGACGACGACGGACACGACAACUACGGCGACAGGAAAGAAGGCCUUUGAGGAUGUGACGGAUCUGAAAAACGAGGAGUUCAUCUACGUGUAUUGAUCGGUGAUCGAACCGGAAUUAAGAAUAGAAACCGCAACAGUAUCAUCGGUCUUUCGGUCUUGCUGCAGCCAUACGGGAAUUCUGCUUCUUCGGAGAAAAAAAAGGCGGGGGGACUGUUAUCUUUUCUCUCUCCGUCUUCUCCCUUCCCUCACAAUAUCAUCGUUCCGUCGCCGGG